AUGUCGAUCGGCUUGAUACCCGGACUCAAUGGACCAUUGAAGAGCUAUAUUCGAACACUGUCUCUCAAUCAUUGUAAUAAUAAAUACAGAAUCUGUGCCUUGGAUUGUGAAAUGUGUUACACAGAACAUGGCUUCGAACUUACCAAAAUCACUGUAAUCGAUCUGGAAGGCAAAAUAGUGUGCAAUGAUUUUGUAACACCAGAUUCCGAAAUCUUGGAUUAUUCAAGAUUCAGCGGUGUUACAGAGGAGCACUUAAAACAAAAUAGCCUUCAACAAAUCCAAAAAAAAUUAUUAACUUUGAUUAGCGCUGAGACAAUCGUCGUUGGUCACAAUUUAGCAAGUGACUUUAGAGCAUUGCAUAUAUUCCAUGAAAAAGUUGUGACACGACAGCUCUUAUUCCUGAUCCUAGAGGAUUUCUUUAUGCCUUCGGAUUAA